AUGAGAAUCACGCCUUCCCAGCUCAAGAACGCCUCCCCCACCGCCGUCGUUAUGAUGAACAUGGGUGGUCCCGCCACACUCGACAACGUUCACUCAUUCCUCUCAAACCUCUUCCACGAUAAGGAUCUAAUCCCGCUGCCAUUCCAAUCAAUUCUCGCCCCUAGAAUCGCCAAUAGACGUACACCCAAGAUAAAGCAGCAGUACAAAGAAAUCGGCGGCGGCUCACCCAUCCUCCAUUGGACACAGCGUCAGGGCGAUGAAAUGGUGAAGCUGCUGGACGAGCUCUCUCCUGCUACAGCCCCGCAUAAGCCCUACAUCGCAUUCAGAUAUGUCGAUCCUCUCACAAAAGACACGCUCGCGCAAAUGAAACACGAUGGCGUCACUCGCGCUGUAGCGUUCACGCAAUACCCCCAAUACUCGUGCAGCACCACUGGGAGCAGUUUGAAUGAGCUCUAUCGCCAGAUUCAUGCGCUGGGCAUAGACAAGGAUAUAAACUGGUCCAUUAUUGACAGAUGGCCCAACCACCCACUCCUAGUUGAAGCUUUUGCGGAGAAUGUCGCCAAGUCUUUGCGUAAGUAUGCUCCUGAAGAACGUGGCAAAAUCCCCAUUCUCUUCUCUGCUCACUCGCUUCCGAUGAGUGUGGUGAACAGGGGAGAUCCGUAUCCAGCAGAGGUAGCGUCUACGGUGCAAGCGGUAGUUAGUCGACUGCCUGGCCUCACUGGCCAUACCAACCCACACCGACUCACCUGGCAGUCCCAAGUCGGGCCAUCCGCCUGGCUCGGCCAGCAGACCUCCGAUGCUAUACAAGGUCUGCGCCGUCUCGGCUACACAAAGGCCCUCGUCGUCCCUAUUGCUUUUACAUCUGACCAUAUUGAGACGCUGUACGAACUAGAUCUCGAGUGCGUCGAGGAGGCUCGCGAGAUCGGUCUCCAACUCGACCGCGUGGACAGCCUGAAUGAUAGCCCUGCUUUCGUGCGCGCUAUCGCCGACCUCGCCGCUGAGCAUCUGGGUAGUGUCUAUCAGAAUAAAGUGACAGACAUCAGCCAUACUGGUUACGUCGGCGGUUGGGUCCCGGGUCACCCUACCUCCACUCAAUUCGCUCUCAGGUGUCCAGGAUGCACCAAUGAUGUCUGCCUCAAACAGAAAAAUUUCUUCAAUCGCGGUAGUAGUGUUAUAUAG